GCGGUGCUGGGCGUGGGGCGCGGGCCGGGUGCUGCGCGGGGAUUCGGGGCGCUCGCUCCAGCUGCCUCUGCGGAUAUGUCGGGUCCGCGCGCGGGAUUCUACCGGCAAGAGCUGAACAAAACAGUAUGGGAGGUGCCGCAGCGGCUGCAGGGCCUGCGCCCGGUGGGCUCCGGCGCCUACGGCUCGGUCUGCUCGGCCUAUGACGCGCGGCUGCGCCAGAAGGUGGCUGUGAAGAAGCUGUCUCGCCCUUUCCAAUCGCUGAUCCACGCGAGGAGGACAUACCGUGAGCUACGCCUACUCAAACACCUGAAGCACGAGAACGUCAUAGGACUUUUGGACGUCUUCACGCCGGCCACAUCCAUCGAGGAUUUCAGCGAAGUGUACCUCGUGACAACCCUGAUGGGCGCCGACCUGAAUAACAUCGUCAAGUGUCAGGCACUGAGCGAUGAGCACGUUCAAUUCCUUGUCUACCAGCUGCUGCGUGGGCUGAAGUAUAUCCACUCGGCGGGCAUCAUCCACCGGGACCUGAAGCCCAGCAAUGUAGCGGUGAACGAGGACUGCGAGCUGAGGAUCCUGGACUUCGGGCUGGCACGCCAGGCUGAUGAGGAGAUGACUGGAUAUGUGGCCACACGAUGGUACCGGGCACCAGAGAUCAUGCUGAACUGGAUGCACUAUAACCAGACAGUAGACAUCUGGUCUGUGGGCUGCAUUAUGGCUGAGCUGCUGCAAGGAAAGGCCCUCUUUCCUGGAAAUGACUACAUCGACCAGCUGAAGCGAAUCAUGGAGGUGGUGGGCACACCCAGCCCUGAGGUUCUGGCGAAGAUAUCCUCGGAGCAUGCCCGGACAUACAUCCAGUCUCUGCCUCCCAUGCCCCAGAAGGACCUCAGCAGUGUCUUCCAUGGAGCCAACCCUCUGGCUGUAGACCUCCUGGGAAGAAUGCUGGUACUAGACAGUGACCAGAGGGUCAGUGCGGCCGAAGCCUUGGCCCACGCAUACUUCAGCCAGUACCACGACCCCGACGAUGAGCCAGAGGCAGAGCCCUAUGAUGAAAGUGUUGAGGCCAAGGAGCGCACGCUGGAGGAAUGGAAGGAGCUUACUUACCAGGAAGUCCUUAGCUUCAAGCCCCUGGAACCAUCACAGCUCCCUGGCACCCAUGAAAUUGAACAGUGAGGCCUUGCCUGAGGGGGGAGACCUGAGCCUGUCCCCUUUCCUCAGCCUUCUGGCUUUCCUCAAGAGGUGCCUCUCAGGCGGCCCUGACACUUAACCUGGGACCCCUUUGCCUUGAGAAACUCUAAACACACACACACACACACACACACACACACACACACACACACACGAAUGCACGGAUGUGUACAUAUACCUGCCAUUAUGUGUUGGAGUCUGGGCAGUAGUGCUUCUGGACCUACCUUAGUCCACCCAGGUUCUCCUUGGGACCUCAGUGUGUGGGAUCUGAGUGUGUCCCUGAGCCUGUCCAGAUCUCUUCUGUUCUUGAGGACUAUCUGGAUUGGGAGGAAGGCAAACGGGCCUUGGUUCCUGGAGACUCUGAGGGAGGGAGAGUCACAGUGGUUGGAGAUGCUCAACCAGGAAGUGAGUGGCUGAGAGCUGAGGCGGGCCUAGUGCCCUGCCCAACUGGGUGGCCGUUUCCUCUGCGGAUGGGAAGGCUGAGACCACCAUCGGAUUGUCUAUCUAAUCAGAAAAGCCUGCUGAAGUCCUGUGGUUGCCUGUGAUAUGUGGGCAAGUGGGCGUGAGUGUGCACCCUGGUAUCCACAUCAGAGCAGAUGCAGGCAUGUGCUGGUGUGUGUGAAUCUGUGAGCACCCACAAGCCAGCAGCCAUUUCUGGUAUGGUGCCUACUCUGGAGAUAACUCUUGUCUCCUCUCCUCCCCCAAGUUCC